AUGGCCGUGCCCGAAGACCCGGGCUACAUGAGAUCGACGGGCAUUCACGGAACACCGAUGAUCACAUUACGGCGAGUUUCAGGCAGUCGGCGUCCGACUCAAGCCUGUCCCGCCGGUCAGUGUACAGAGCGACAAGAUGGAAAUAACACCCGAUUGAACGCCAUCGCAAUGCUCCUAAGACCGACGCACCGGAUCGGCCAAAUCGACGUCCUCAGACACGUCAAAGCACCUCCCACGCUUGAUGUACGGAGUACAUAG